AGUUCUACUUUGACCAGCAAAGGAAACGGUCGUGUGUGCGGAGUAAAAAUAAGAAAGAAACGACAGAAGAAAAAAACAAAAAAUUUGCGCGCUGCUAAUAAAACCAAAGCAACAAUUUAAAAAUAUAUUAAACUAUUUCUGCUUAUCAUUGAACGCUAAAUAAAUAAAGCAUUAAAAAGAAAUAGAGUGCCGUAAAUUCUUGCCAUUAAAAUGGACAAACAUAAAUGCAUUGACAAUGUGUUUUAAUUUUGUAUAAUUUCAAACGAACUGCAAAUCAACAAACACAUUUAACAAAAAAGCUACACACUUUCAGGAUCUCAUCAUCAAUUUGUAAUUUACACAACUGAGACUACGUCGCAUAUAUAUACAUAUAUCCCUAUAUAUAUGUCCGUAUAUAUUUAUAUAUAUAUAUAUAUAUAUAACAAUGGCACACUUGGGUCUUUCUAUUUUUUGUGUAGCACUUUUGCUGCUUUCGACGACACAGAAUGGGACGAGCGCAUUGUCAGAUCGGGAUCCAUAUGUGGACAUAUGCAAGUCGUUCAAGUGUGCGGAGCCAGCUGAGUGUCCCGACGACAGCAGCAUAUUCUCCGACGAUUUUGAAGAGGUGCCAUCCUCGUCGCUGUACAACAAUAACAGAGAUGAACGUGGUAUGGGAACCAGCGACAUUGAUCCCCAGAAGCUGUGCUGUGGCUCGAACACUUGCAGCUGCAACGAAUGCCCCGAAAAGCCCCAUUGCAAGAUGGGUCAAGUGCUGCUCGAAGUGAGCCCAGGCGACGACAAGAAGCCGGGUAGUUGUUGCCCCAAAUACGUGUGCGGCAAGGAGCCGACCUGUUCUAAGGGUAUUGGGACAAUCUUUUGGCUAGAUAGCUGCACCAAAUGCAACAGUUGCCAACGCCCCUGCUUGUAUAUGUGCAAUCGGAGCGAUUGGGCUCCACCCAGCAACUGUCUGACGUUCAACAAUCAGUCGAAGUCGAAUGGUGAGAGCUGGACACAGGGCGAUGGUUGCGAGGAGUGCAUCUGCAAGGAUGGUCAUAAUCAAUGCCAAACCACAGCCUGCAUUAAACCGCAAUGCGAGAAUGCCAUUAAAUUGCCUGGCACAUGCUGUCCCAUUUGCCCAGACACAGAGACAGCAACUAUCUGGAACCUUCCAAUAAACAAUAUCAGCGAUAAGACCAGUGCAUCAACAACAACAGCAACAACAAGCACAAAAAUAAAAAACACAACGACCACAUCAGCAGCAACAACAAGCACAACAUCAACAACCACAGCAACAACAACCACAGCAGCAACAACCACAGUAACAAAAACCACAGCAACAACAGCAGCUGCAUAUACAACAACAGCAUCAACUACAGCAACAAAAACCACAGCACCAACAGCAGCUGCUACAACAACAACAGCAGCAACAACAACAACAACAACAGCAGCAACAACAACAACAGCAGCAGCAACAACCACAACAGCCACAACAACAGCAGCUUCUAGUGUAACCACAGAAGGGGCCAUUCUACAAAGCAGCUCCACAAGCGCUCAGAUCUCAGUCGAAAGUAAUGAAAAUUUCGUAGAGCCAAUUCCGGAGGAACAAAUCGAGCCUGUUGGUGAUGAAAUUUUGAACAGCAAUGAACAGAAAACAGUUGCUGAGCAUCCACUGGACGAUCCACUAAUUGUGCCAAUAAGCUCAACAAGCACAAGAAUCCCGAGCAGCAGCAACGGCAGUAGGACAAACAUUGAAGAUGAUGCUGAGUUUGAGAAGAGCACAACAGGCUCAACAACUUUCAGUUCCCAGUUGUUGAACGAGCCGGAUGAGAGCAACGAAAGAUCGGAACAAUCCGAAUUGCCGACCGAACAACCCAAAGAGUCAAAAGAAACCGCUGGCAGCACAAAGUAUACAACACUGCCCAACGUGGAUAAUACGGAAAUCGGUAGCAGCAGCAGCAGCACAAGCAUUGAAGAUGAUGCUGAGUUUGAGGAGAGCACAACAGGCUCAACAACUUCCAGUUCCAGUUCCAGUUCGGAAGAAUCCGAAUUGCUGACCGAACAACUUAAAGUGCCAACAGAAUCCACUGGCAGCACAAAGUAUAAUACACAACCCGACGUGGAUAACACGGAAAUCGAUAGCAGCAGCAGCAGCAGCAGUAUCAACAUCAUCAGCAGCAGCAUCAGCCCUACAUCUGCACCCAUGGGUCAUCGAAAGACGGUCGCCACUUCUGCGCCUGGCGUUCAGAUGCCGGAAUCAACUAGCUGGCAUCGCGACUCCGACGUCAAUGAUGCCGAUUAUCGCUUCGCCAAUGGGAACCAUAUCGAUGAAGUUUAUCCGUCCAAUCAGAAAAUAAUAUGGCUGAUGGCUGGCAUCAUUACGAGUGUGACUUUGGUUGUCCUAAUCAUAGGACUUAUUGUUUAUUGUUUUUACCCUAAGAAGAAGCCCAAUCCGAUAUAUUCCUCAGUGCCGAGCUCGGAGUCAAAUAUCAGCGAGCAUACAAAUGCCUCCGAUCUGCCCGCAGGCCAUGUUUGAGCAGUCCUAUUUGGGAAAAAGAAUGCAGAAGCAUCUGGAAGACACAUAUUGGAGUGAUCUAUUUCAUGUUUCAUUACACAUACAUCGACAGUCGAUCUUCAUUCAACAGCAAUUCUAUUUUGCUGCGACAUUUUUAAUUUGUUUACUAUUUUCUCGCUACACAAAUAUGAAUACAAAACUGUGCAAACUGUUUUUCAAAAAUAAGAGCUCGAUUUCUAUCCGCAAAAAUAUUGUUUAUUACAGAGAAAAAUGCACUUAUGGAAAUUCACUAUGAGUAGAUCAAAAUGCACUAAAUGUAAAACGAGUACCUUAUUGUCAAGUUCAAGAAGUUCAUUAUAGGGGAGUUCGACUGUAUCGAUAUAAUUAGAUUAGGUAUUGAAACUUUAUGCUAAUUUUUGUUUGUAAAAGUUUAUCAAUAACUCUCGCCUAAAAACAAUGCUCCAGAAGAAUCUGCAAAUUUGCAUAUAAUUCAUCAAAACUAACAACUAACGAAAAAAAAAAAACAAAAAACAAAAAAAAACAAUAUUUAUUAUAUUUUAAUUAAGUUACGCAUUGUGAUAAUAUGGCAAAUUUUUGAUUUCAACCUGAGUAAAAGAAAAUCAUCAUCAAUUAGGUAAAACAAUUUAUAUUUAGUCGCAUUAAAAGCAUAGUAUUCAACACGCAAUUAAGGCAACAAAACACUAACAAAUCAGUCGAACGUAUUAGAAAUAUUCUUAGAUAUAAGAAAACAUGCACACCUAAAGAAAUAAAAAACAAAACGCGCUUGGCAACUGAAUAAUUUUGUAAAGAAACAAAAAAAACAAAAGAAGAAAACACACAACGCACUGAUUUCACAUUCCUUCUAAGCGAUUUUUACUAUUUUAAUUACAUUCAUACAUACAUAUUUACGGAUACACAAGAAAAAUAACAACAUAAUGAAUGCAAAUAUACCAAAGUUUUUAGUAUCAGGGCUCUCAUGCCCACAAUUUUCUCGGUUAACAGCAAUAAAGAAUAAACGAAACCAACUGAA